UCGGACGCGCGCGGAGACGGAGAGACGUGGAACCGGAGCCGGAGCGGAGCCAACGCCAUGUCCCUGCCGUUCGUGGUGCAGAGUCCAGACGUCAGGUACACCCAGGACUUCAUCGAGGCCAGGUACGCCCAUGCCACCGUGCAGGUCUCCAAGGAGGACGGCAUCACCAAGGUCACGCCGUCCUCCGUCCACCUCACCUUCCGCACCGAGAGGCGCGUUCCCAAGCUGGGCGUGAUGCUGGUGGGCUGGGGGGGCAACAACGGCUCCACCGUGACCGCCGCCGUCCUGGCCAAUCGCAUGGCCCUCUCCUGGAUGACCAAGAGGGGCCGCAAGCACGCAAACUACUACGGCUCCCUCCUCCAAGCAUCGACCGUGUGCCUGGGCAGCGGGCCUUCCGGCGAUGUGUACGUCCCCUUCCGCGACCUGCUCCCGAUGGUCGAUCCGAACGACAUUGUCUUCGAUGGCUGGGACAUCUCCUCGCUGAACCUGGCCGAGGCCAUGCGCAGGGCCGAGGUGCUGGACUGGGCGCUGCAGGAGCAGCUGUGGCCCCACAUGGAGGGCCUGAAGCCGCGGCCCUCCAUCUACAUCCCCGAGUUCAUCGCGGCCAACCAGGAGGAGCGGGCCGACAACGUCCUGACGGGGACCAAGGCUGAGCAGAUGGCUCAGAUCCGCCAGGACAUCCGAGACUUCAAGCACUCCAGCGGGGCGGACAAGGUGAUCGUCCUCUGGACAGCCAACACGGAGCGCUUCUGUGACGUCCAGCCUGGUUUGAACGACACGGCCGACAACCUGCUCCGAGCCAUUGAGAGCGGCUCGGAGGUGUCCCCUUCCACACUUUUCGCCGUGGCCAGCAUCCUGGAGGGCUGCACCUACAUCAACGGCUCCCCCCAGAACACCUUUGUGCCGGGGGCAGUCGACCUGGCCAUCCAGCGGGGGGUCUUCAUCGCUGGCGACGAUUUCAAGUCCGGCCAGACGAAGCUCAAAUCCGUGCUGGUGGACUUCCUCAUCAGCUCCGGGAUCAAGCCGGUCUCCAUCGUCAGCUACAACCACCUGGGCAACAACGACGGCAGGAAUCUCUCCGCACCGGCCCAGUUCCACUCCAAGGAGCUGUCCAAGAGCAAUGUGGUGGAUGACAUGGUGCAGGCGAACGCCGUGCUGUACGGGCCGGAGGAGCGCCCGGAGCACUGCGUGGUGAUCAAGUACGUCCCCUGCGUCGGAGACAGCAAGCGAGCGAUGGACGAGUACACCUCCGAGAUCGCGCUGGGGGGCACCAACACCAUCGUCAUCCACAACGUGUGCGAGGAUUCCUUGCUGGCCUUCCCCAUCAUCCUGGACCUGGUGAUCCUGGCGGAGCUGUGCCAGCGGAUCCGGGUGGGCGUGGAAGGAGAGGGGGAGCCGCAGCCACUGCACAGCGUCCUGUCCCUCCUGGGCUUCCUCUGCAAAGCUCCGCUCGUCCCCGAAGGCGCCCCGGUGGUCAACGCGCUUUUCCGCCAGCGGGCCGCCCUGGAGAACCUGUUCAGGGCCUGCGUUGGGCUCCCGCCCCAAAACCACAUGCAGCUGGAAUACAAGGUGCAGCAGCCGUGGGGCAAUGCCAAGCACUUCUGCCCGCCCUCCAAGCUGGCCGCUGCCAAGAAGACAGCCCCCCACCUGAACGGCUGUGUCUGCCCCCUGGCAAAAAGCAAGGGCCACCCGGACCCCCACAGCCCCUUAGCUGGCGUGCAGAACUAGAAGCCUCCCGGGCCACCCGCCAGUGGCGCGCAGUAGCCGGCGCAACCCUGCAGCCUGGGGGGCCAGCUCCUUCUCUCCCCCCGUCUCUUUUGCAUCGGCUAGUUGGGGUUUGCGCCCACUAGGGCAACGGCAGUGCCUUUUCCUGUAGCCCCCCCAGCAUCGUUCAAAAGCUGACCCUCCCACCGAGUGUGAAAUAAAGUGUAAUCCGAA